AGUGGUGGUGGUUGCCCCUCAGUGUCCGGCGCGCCUCCGACAAGCGUGCUUCGGUCGUUACAAGAGGAUCCCUCGAACGCGCUCUCGGCGUUCACCGCGGAUGACAUCGGUUAACUUGCCGCUGUUGUCGCGUAACGGAGAGACAACCGAUAGACAGGAUCGAGAUAAUAAAACGUUAAGCGGGAACGAGAGAGGAGGCGAGGAACGGAGAGGAGCGCGUCGAGGAGGAAGAGCCGGGAAGAAUCGGGACGAGAUUACGAUCUAACGUGUACGUGGAAUUACGACGCUGCUCCCUUCGAGGAAGGAUGCGAUUAGCAUCGGCCACGUUACGGUGCUCGUCGUCGGUGACAGGGUGCGCGGUGACAGGUUCGCGCGAAUCGCUCGCGCGGGUCAGGACGGACCCGCAACAUUUGCCGCAUGCGGCAGACAGGCACGAGGACAACGAGUCCUGCUAACCGGCGAGUCGCAGGACUCUACGAGCACGCGAGAGGAGUGGAACACGGGGAGCGCACUUUAGUAGCGCGCCGUGGAUCUCACGGGUGAAGUGCCCGGUUGAUCGGAGCAUCGAUACACACGGAGUGGCGCCAGACUUUUAAAUGGUGCAUUAUUAUUUCGAGGAUCUUAGCCGUAGUGAAGAGUUAGGUAUACAUAGAAAGUGCCCGAGAAAGUCGAGAAGACCCUAGUCGAUAGUGAACGACGUCGCCGCUUCGUUCGUUCCGAGGAUCCGGCGUGACAGGGAGGAAGAAAGAAAGAGAAAGAGAGGAAGAGUGAGAGAGAAGGGGAGAGAGAGAGAGAGAGAGAGAGGGAGAAGAAAAGGGGUUAGAGUAGCGAAGUGAAGCGUGCACACACAGUCAAGUUCAACGACCCGCUCGGAUUAGCUCGCGCGAACGAGCGGAAGGUCGGCUCAAGGACGGGGUUCAGCGAAAAGUUCGACGAAAAGAGAAAACGUGUACGAGGAAGAAGGAGAAGAGAAGAGACGCGAGAUUAAUAUAUGCAGGUACAAGGAAGAAACGCGUUUAUGGGUGAACGUGAGAACGCGGAAGCAAAGCGAGCGCGAAUGGCCGAAACUACGAGCGGCGUGCACCGGUCGGUUACGGCGAUCCAUCGCUCGGGUGAGAUUGAUCCUGAGGUGCCGGCAACCGGUAGUUGGUGAUGGGGGGUUUAGGCGAGGAUGCCUUCUCCCUGUCUUCUCUGUCGUCAUCAUCACCGUCGUCGUCGUCACCGCUACGCGCUGUCAUCCCCUACGUCGAGUCGUCGGGUUAUUCUAUCUCGCAUCGUCUCGUCCUUUCCAGUGACCGUCGUCGUCAUCGUCAUCGUGGUCCCUGCAAUCCCUCGGCACCACCGCCAAGCCGGCGUAGCCGGUCGCAGCCAAGAAGCAGCGCGCUUGUUAACGGUAAUCCGAAGAGAUUCGUCAUCGCGAGAGAUCCCCCGCUCUUCGGUGUCGGAUGCGUCAGUGGUAGCGACGUUAACGUCGUCGACGAGGAGUCUGACGGUACCCGAGGAGCAACGCUUGGGGUAUCGGUAUCGGUUCGGAAACAGAAGAAGGAAAGAAGGGAGCGUCGUAGCAAGAGAAGGAGGUGGCGGAGGUGGUGGGGGCGAACGAGGUGACUCGCCGUCGAGAUGCACCAGGUGCCAUAUAGAACGGAACGCGGCGGCACCUCGUACGAAGGCCGAAACGACAGGAAGCGACAACAACGGCAACGACAACGGCAACAGUCCUCUCGACACGACAGUCACAGUCAAGUGCCGCAGCAAUCGUCUCGAUCUCACGUCCGUGCCCGUGCCCGUGUCCACGGCCGCGUUCGCGCUCACGUCCGCGCCCGAACACGCCGAUCGUCGACGACCUCGAGCGAGAGCGCCGAUCGAACGACGGCGACGCGGCGGUGGUGGUUACGGCGGCACGACGCCGGGCCCGACGUGGUGGUCCGCGAGUCCCCGCCGCUGCACUGUUUGGGCCCGGCGCGCACCGUCUACGGCGGCCUCCCGCCGUUUUUCCCGUCCAAUUUGUUGCUCAUAGGACUCGCUCUCUGUUGCCUGGCCCUGCCGGCGGUGCAGCCGCGCCUCAGCGGCCACUAUCAAACGUGUCCGGGUUGCCCGCAUCAGCAGCCGCAGCAGCAGCAGCAGCAUCAUCAUCAUCAUCACCACCACGUGCAUCACGACGGUUCGGCGAAGAGCGGCCUCUUCAAGGACACCGCCGCGCCCAGCCCGGACGAUCUCAGGCUGGAGGCGAUCAAGCAUCAGAUACUGCAGAAGCUCGGCCUGAGGGCUCGCCCGGACGUUAACAGGACGUUGGCCAACGUGCCCCGGCACCUGGCCCUGGAGACCCUUUAUCGGGCGGAGGCGCAAACGCCGCCGCGUUAUUCCGACCGGUCGAGGGUCGACUACGAGAGUGAGUAUCCGGGCGAGUUUCUCUACGGCAGCGACGAGUAUUCGUAUAGGAAUCUCGAUCAGGAGACCACCACCACCGAGGGAAACGCCAGGACUACCGCGAGGUCCUAUCAGAGCUAUGACAACGUUCAGGAGGAGCUCGACGAUUUCUACGCUAGGACUUCGGAGAUCAUCACCUUCGCCGACUCCGGACACAUGUUAAACGACCAGCCAUUGCUGGAAUUCUCGAUGUCGAGCGGUGAACCGGCAUUGGAACCCCUGAGAAUCAAAAGGGCCACUCUGUGGACGAGAGUUGAGCUCAAGCACGCUCAUCACUAUCAGCAUCAUCGUCAUAAUCAAAUCAACCAAAAAAACAUCACUCUCUGGGUGUUUAGAGUACAUUGCGGUAACACGACGCAUCUCCGAGGCAAGGAGCUUGGUCAACAUCUGGAGAUGGUAACAUCUCUCGUAGUGAACGUCGGCCAGCUCGGCUGGCAGAAAUUUGACGUGACGAAGGUCGUCAGCAGAUGGUAUACGACGAGCUACUCGAAGGAUAAGCUGACGUUGCUCGUCGAUUGCAGCGGGUGCGGUUCGCACGUCCACGUAUGGACCUUCAAUAAGUAUUCGCCGCACGUGACCGAGUCGUCUUUAAAAGCCGAUCCAGAUAAGCCGUUUCUAGUCGUGCGUACGGAUCCGGCGGCCGUGAAGCGUGUAAGAAGACGAGCGAUCGAAUGCAGCGGUGCAAUAAAAGGCCAAUGUUGCAAGCAACGGUUCUACGUGAGCUUCUCUCAGCUUGGAUGGGACGACUGGAUCAUUGCUCCUCAGGGAUAUUAUGCCAAUUACUGCAGAGGAGACUGCGCGGCCGGUCACAGGACGCCAGAUACGUUUCUCAAUUACUACACCCACGUAAUCGAGGAGUAUCGAAAAAUGGACCGAUUGGCCGGCAUGCAACCGUGCUGCGCGCCGCUCAAGUUCUCGCCGAUGUCGCUCAUCUACUAUGGUCCAGAUUCGAAUAUCAUCAAAAGAGACCUACCGAAGAUGGUGGUGGACGAGUGCGGAUGUCCUUAGACCAAGCAAGAGCGCGCGACAUGAAAAGGACGCUCAUAACAAAGUUUAUCGUGCCAUUUGGCAGUAAAAAUAAUCGCGGAAUUAUAACCGCGAGUCCGGACUCGAUUCGGCAAAUCGAUCCAGAAACCGUCCGAAUUCUGCGAUUAGGUGAGAUUCGCUUCGCACUAAAAUCGGAAACCGACGAGCGGGAAGUCGAGCGCUGCGCAAUAGUCAAAGUACGUAGUGUUCGAGCGAGACUCAUGGGAGACACGGUUUUCUGAAAACGAUCGCCUUAGGAUAGAUCGAAUUAUUCAAAGAUAGUCAAAAAGGACUAGGUAAUUUUGCUAGAUUUACACGCCACGCCGAUGCGAUUGUAUUCCAGAUGCAAUUCGCGUGAAUGGCGAUAAAAUAAAAUUGGCCUUUCUAAGGUUCGAAUACGUAGAGUAGAUUUUACCAAGUGUAAUAUGUAAAAAGAGAAAAAAAGAGACGAAACAUCUCAGUUUCAA